GGCAGAGACUCGUUAGUGGCUUUGGAGAACAAGAGACUGACUGACUGACUGACUGAUCAAUCCAACCCCAACAGCUCGGCUCUCAGCAAUUUUUGUUUAGACGACAUUAUUGGGAGCUGAUCUCGAAUUGACUCGAGCUUGGAACAGAAAUCGCGAAGCAUACGUCCAGAAUUACUUGCUUGUCCAACAUUGCUACUAUACCUUGACGACUUGCCUAGCAAUUCACCAGCGGAAACUAAUCCAGCUCCUCAUCGCGUUCGGUUGACCCGACCUACAUCAGCCAAGAUGGCGUCCAGAGCCAUGGUCCCGUUUCUGGUGGCCAUGAUGUUAUUGACCGGUGUUUGCAAUACACUGUUGACCAAGUACCAAGAUAAUCAAUGCGUCCGCAACUGCGAGGACCCAGACCCCAAGAAGCGGGCACACUUCGAGCAGCCCGUGAUCCAGACGGCACAAAUGUUCGUCGGUGAGAUGGGUUGCUGGCUAGUCAUUGGCCUCAUGACACUCCGCGAGCGCUACAUGGCCAGGAAGCAGGCCGCCGGCUACGAGGCCGUCCGCAGCUCCGACGAGGUCCCCGACGCGGACGACGCCAGCGUGCACUCCAACACGGCCCUCAACGGCUCCAAGCCCGUCCUCGGCCAUGACUCGAUGCUCGCGGGCGUUCGCGUCUUCCUCCUCGCCAUACCCGCCAUCUGCGACAUUUGUGGUACGACUCUCAUGAACGCCGGUCUGCUCAUGGUGGCCGCCUCUAUAUAUCAGAUGACCAGGGGUGCGCUUGUCCUCUUUGUCGGCCUGUUCAGCGUUGUGUUCCUCCGCCGGAGGCUGCACCUCUUCCAGUGGCUGUCUCUGGUCGGUGUCGUCACCGGCGUUGCCAUCGUCGGCCUCGCCGGUGCCAUAUAUCCUGACCAGGCCAAGCCCGGCUCUCCACACAGCGAGGUGGUGCCCACGUCUUCGCCCUUCCAGGUCGCCUCCACCACCGAAGGCGGUCUAGAUGCCAAUGCUCUGCGCGCCGUCGUCGGCGUGCUUCUGAUCGCCGGUGCCCAGAUCUUCACCGCAACCCAGUUCGUGACCGAGGAGUGGCUCCUCGAGCGCUCGACCAUCGAGCCAAUCCGCGUCGUCGGCUGGGAGGGCAUAUUUGGCUUUUCCGUUACCGUCCUGGGCAUGAUCGUCAUGCACCUCGCCGUCGGCCGCACCGAAGCCGGUAAAUAUGGGUACUUUGACAUGGUUGAGGGCUGGCGGCAGAUGGUUGAGAACCCCAAGGUGCUGGUUUCCAGUGUCCUCAUUAUGAUCAGCAUCGGUGGAUUCAACUUUUUUGGACUCUCCGUCACUCGCUCCGUCAGUGCCACCUCGCGCUCGACAAUCGACACCUGCAGGACCCUCUUCAUCUGGAUCGUUUCCCUCGGCCUCGGCUGGGAGACGUUCAAGUGGCUGCAGGUGCUGGGCUUUGGAUUCCUGGUCUACUUUACCUUCCUCUUCAAUGGCAUUGUCCAGCCUCCGUUCAAGUUCCUCCAAGUCGAUGAAGAGAUUGAAGAGCUGCUGCCAGAGGAGCCAGUGGAGCACAUUUGACGAAAGCUCAAAGUUUACAUCGGCAUGUCGAUCCGAUACCUGGGGACCAAAGUGUGGGCCUCGAGCCAUGCGUGCCCUUCCAAGAGACGCAUGGUUUUUCCUAUGUUUGUUAUUCUCCUUUGGUCGGGAUAGGCGUUUAUCGGGUCAGGGGCGUUGACGGUUUAUUUAUGCUAGUGUUUUUCACCUUGGCUAGAUUGGCAAAUGUUUGGCUGUCAUUCUGCAUUUUCUUUUUCCGUCUUUCCAAUUCCUCUUGUAUUUCCCAGUUAUAUUCACAUUGUGAUUUAAUACAAAAUAUCACAUUGGGUUCGCCAUGAUCUGCAACUCAUAUCAAGGUUUGCUGUCUAGGGUUGUACUAAACAUUUCCCUCC